CUAAUCGGAAUAAUAAAAGCUAUAAUAUCUCGGUGUUUAUUCGCUGGUCACGGAUUUAUCUGUAUCUGGCGUGUUACAGUUAUCAAGAAGAACCCCAUCUGGUGGUCUCUGACUGGAACUCUACCACUGCUGUUCCUGGAAGCUCUGUUUACUUUGAAGAUAAAGAAAGGUGGAGAGUGGAAAUGGGUUUGCCCCAGUGUAUUUCUAUAUUUAGCUACAGCGAUUCCUGCUAUUUGGUUCCUGGAACUGGAUCUCCUGCAUCAAAGAAUCGAGUUGGUUUCUGGUAGACAGCUGAUCACUCGACUCCCUCCCAAUCAAAUACCCGGAUGGAAUGGAGAGAUAAAUCUACCAAUUAACCUGAUUCCUGAUGAUUGGUGUAAGAUUCUAGAGCAGAUGCUGCUACUGGUCCUCAUAGUGGGAAGAUGGCUGCUGCCGAAAGGUGAAAUCAGUCGAGAACAGCUGUCGCAGCUAUUAUUGGUGUAUAUAGGAAUGGCUGCAGAUAUCAUCGAAUUAUUUGAAGCUUUCAAAGAACGAGAAGUAAAAACCAACAAAAUCUUAACCAUCAUCAUUCUUUCCUUAUGGACGGCAAGCUUGUUACAGUUUACCUUCGUUCUUACGGCUACCAAAUCAAAACGCAUGCGACCUGUCUUGUUUCAUGAAGGAAGUACUGCGAGUACUAUCUCUGUUGGAGGAAAAUCCUGCUGUCCGACUGAAGUUAUAUCGAUCAUGAUCAGCGUGAUGCUUCAGGACGGACCAUUCCUCGUCUUACGGAUGUUGUUAAUCUUCCGCUAUAACGUCAUCAGCUACACCAAUUUAUUUUUCACGUCAAAGAACAGCCUCGUUCUUAUUCUGCAAUUUUACCGCCUUUUUGUCCUG